AUGACAUCUUCGACACAACUAAAAAACGACGCUACAACGAGCGAAGGAUGCUCCCUCCCCAUCCCCGUCUGGACAGAGCAUCCCGAUACACCUAAUUCCGCGAGUGGUGGUAAACAAAAGCAACCACAACUCGUCUCCGACGACGGUCUCCACGUCGCCGCCCGCCCCGAUGAUGGCCUGCAGGUCGUCGUCCGCAAACCCGUGCCCAACGUCGACGGCCUGCACGUUGUCGACGCCGAGUCGACAGACCUCCCGCCGCCCUACGAGUCGCCCACCGGUCGCUGCCUCGUGCUGCCUAGCCGCGCCGCCGAGUGGCGCGUUAAGAGCGCUACUGAUCGCGACAUCCGGUUGUCAACGCUCGCGGCCGCGGUGUUGGUGAACGAGAAGGUGCUAGAUGGGGCGAAUGUAGAGCUCAUCCGGAUUUACGGCGAUGAACAAAGAAAAGCGACGGCAGACGAGAAGACCAGCACGUUCAGCACCGUCUACGAGAUCCAGCGCAGCGCAUCCAAGACCUCGCUGCGGUCGUUCCGCAAGAAGGCCGAGGAGCAGCAGCAGCAGCAGGCCGCGGGGAGCAUCCGGAGGAGCUCCUCUGCUGCCGCGCUGUCUCCGGCGUCCGCCGCGGGUGAUGUUUACGGGCCGGGGAGCCAUUCAGCCGCAUCCAGCAGCCUCGCUCUAGCGGCGGCGGCGCCGUCGGCGUCGGCGUCGUCGUUGUCUGUCGGUUCUUCUGGUGAGGCCGCCGGGGGGAGAUCAGAGGCGCGGGUGGCGAGGAAGCAGAGCGGGGCGGAGCGGCUGGACCGGUUUGCGGAGGAGGUGGCCACGUCGGGGAAGGGGCUCGCGAAGGUCAUCGGGAUGGGGCUGGCGGCGCCGGGCGCGUACACGCACGAGUUGGCGCGCGAGGUGCACAAUAUGCCGCGGUUGUACGGCGAUGAGACGGUCAGGAAGGACGAGAAGAUUGUGGGGUUCACGUCGGGAUUGGCGGCGGCUGGGAAGGGGUUUGGAUACGGCUUGUAUGAUGGCAUUGCCGGCUUCUUCGUGCAGCCCGUGAAAGGUGCGAAGGAGGAAGGAACUAAGGGCUUUGUGAAAGGUUUCGUGAAGGGGGUUGGUGGUUUGGCGGUUAAACCCGCAGCUGGAGGAAUUGGGUUGGCAGGGCACACCCUCAUGGGUAUUCAAAAAUCUAUCGAGAAGACCAUUUCCCGAAAACCCACUGAGGAGGAGUGCGUUGCUGUGGCGUCGGUAUGGCAGGGAGAAGAGGAGAUGCGAACGUUGACGGAGCAAGAAAAGACGGCCAUCAUAAAUUCAUGGUUCGCCGGAUCUCGAUAG